AUGGCAGGAGCGUUCUGCACAUCCGACUUGGCAGAAGAGCUGAUCAAGAUGCUGGAAUGUCGCGUUUGUCGCGAAAUCAUGAAACCCCCCAUUGUGCAGUGCAUGUCGGGCCACAACAUCUGUAACAAAUGCUACCUGCAACUGGGCUUUGAUCCCUGCCCAGUUUGUCGACUGAAGAAGACAGAAGUACGCAAUCUGCUAGCCGAGAAAAUGUGCCAGAAGAUCCUUUACCCAUGCAAGAACUCCGGUUGCGCCGAGGCACUCUUAUUGAUGGAUAUGGUCCGUCAUGAGGUGAACUGCAAUUUUCGCAUCUUCGACUGUCCCAUCAACAGAUUGUGCCUCUGGAAGGGCAUGCUCAGUAACAUUCUAAGACAUGCAGAAACCGCACACGGAACGAGCGUGUGGCAUGAGGACUCCAGUCGUACCACAGCCAGCGACUUCUCGGAGAGCUUCUUAGAAACUACGCUGGUGUCAUCUGUUGGCGAGAUUUUUGUUUGGCACUGUGAGUAUUCCUUUGAGAACAGUAAGUUCUUAGGAGCUCUGAAAUACAUUGGGCCAAUGGAAAACGCUUCUAAAUUCACUUUCACAAAGAACUUGUAUAUUGAAGCUCCGUUGUUCUUCGCCUUAAGAAAGACGUCGCUUCGUAUUGGACAGCUUGCAAAAAGCAUGCAGUCGUGA